GCAUUGCGAGCCUUUGUGGUUUUUGCCACCACAGCCCGCACAGCUGUCACCACUGUCACGGGCUUGUAAAUUUUUGAUCCUUGGCCGCGCAGCACGCGCUGGCUGAAAUUUGAGGUCGAGUCGUGCAGGCAUUGGAGAGCAUGGCAGCGUUGCAUUUGCUGACUAAGCAGAGCACUUCCUCCUUCUUGCGUUGGGCAUUUGUGUUACUGUUGUGCACACUGAGUAGGGCACUCGCGCUGACGACGCGACCACUCGCACGGGCACCAUCGCGCUUCUUUCGACGAACACGCGGGACGCGAUGCGGGACGAGACGAUGGGCGCGGAAGCCGUCAGCGCCGCCAAUUGAACAAAACGAGCCAACCAGCAGCCGUCGAAAUGUCCUCGCGGCGGUCGCGUUCCCGGUCGCGGUCGGCCUCGGGUCCCAAGCGCCGCUCCUGGGCCUCAUCGCGAACCCGCCCGACGCGGCGGCGCGCGACGAAAUGCUCUCGUCGUGGUGCGCGGCCGACUACUGCACGCUCCUGGGGGGCGGUGCGGGCUAUGGUGGUGCAUCGGCGUUUCCCGGAAAUUACGUCGAGCCGGACGACGAGGCGAAGUAGAACUAUUGUGUGUAACAGAC